AUGAAUAGAUUACACUCAUUACUCACAAAACCGGCAAGUAAAUUGGCCGCGGCCGCAAUGUCCACCGCUGCGGCCGCCGCCUCCUCCGGCUGCCGCGAGAAACUGGUCGUUAUCCUUGGCCCCACUGGCUGCGGAAAAACGAAGCUCUCCAUCGACCUGGCCAGCAGAUUCUUCCCCUCGUCGGAGAUCAUAAACUCCGACAAGAUCCAAGUCUACCGCGGCCUGGACAUCACCACCAACAAGGUCCCCCUCCGCGAGCGGAAAAACGUCCGACACCACCUGCUCGGCAGGUUCGAAUCGUCCGAGUCGCACCCCGAUUUCACCCCGUCCGAUUUCCGCUCGUCCGCCUCUAGAAUCAUCUCGGAGAUGACCUCCCGAAGCCAGCUGCCUUUCCUCGCCGGCGGGUCGAACUCGUUCGUGUACUCGCUGCUGGCCGAGAAAUACAAUCCGGACUCGGACGUGUUCGCCGAGUCGGACCCGGUUUUCUGCAACGAGUUGCGGUACGACUGCUGUUUCAUCUGGGUGGACGUGUCGCCCCCGGUGUUGGACCAAUAUCUCGCGAAACGAGUCGACGAUAUGCUGGACUCGGGAAUGUUCGACGAGUUGUCCGAGUACUUCAAAGAUCUCGGGCCGGGCCGCCGCGUGAGUAAAUGCGGGGUGAACAAGGCGAUUGGGGUGCCGGAAUUCGAACGGUACUUCAGAGGGGAGAUUUCGUACGAGGCGGCGGUGGCCGAAAUCAAGGAGAACACGUGGCAGCUCGCGAAGAGGCAGGUGGAGAAGAUCCGACGGCUGAGGGAGGGGCUGGGGUGGGAGAUGCAGCGGGUUGACACCACGGCGGUGCUGCGGGCGACGCUCGACGGAGCACCGGCGCCGGAAGUGUGGGAGAAGGAAGUGGUGGAGCCUACUGCCACAAUUGUGAGGAAUUUUUUGAGGGAAUAG